AUGAGCGCCAGACAGGAGAAUGUCAAGUGGGUGGAUGGCCUUCGUGGUAUCGGAUCUCUUCUGGUGGUCACCACGCACAUCGCCCGCGCCUUCGAUGAGGAUCUAUUCAAGCCAACAUCUGAAGAAAAUGCUAGUCCCCGGAUAUUCCAAUAUCCCAUCCUCCGCAUCAUUAUCCAAGGCAGAAUCGGAGUAGCCAUCUUCUCUCUUGUAACAGGAUAUGUUUGCGCCCUAAAGCCGAUUCGACAAUGUCACGCCGGAACUCCAGAGGCUGCACUCGUGUCAAUUGCGAAGAGCGCCUCGCGACGGGUACCUCGGUUGAUUCUACCAACAACCCUUGCCACGACGAUUAUAUGGCUUCUUUGCCAGUUCGGUGUCUUCCAGGUUGCAAAUCGGACAGAUCGAUGGUGGCUUCGUGAUACGUCGCCAAAUAUGAUCCCGUAUUUUGGAAAUGCGUUGCAUUCUCUGGUUAUGGAUACUAUUACGACAUGGACGAGAUCGUGGAAUGCGUACGAUGUUAAUCAAUGGACCUUGCAACCGCUGUUGAAGGGAAGUAUGAUGGUGUAUAUGAUGAUCGCUGCAACUGUUUUCGUAAAACCAAAAUACCGGAUGAUGAUUGCCAUCGCGCUCUACUUUUACUACUACAUUAGUACCGACUCGGCCUUCGGCAUGCAAUUCUUCUUCGGUGUCUUCCUCAGCGACAUCUCCCAAAACCCAACUCAUAUCGCCUGGUGCCAAGCUCGAAAAUGGCCUGCCCGGGUCCUCGCCCCGGUCUUGAUAUCCAUCGGUCUCAUCCUCGCCUCCUACCCAGAAGAAAAAGCUGAAUGGAUGCACUGGUCUCUCGCCUUGAAGAACUUGGGUGCCUACAUUUUCCCAGUAAACGGCGAAGUUCCCCGUUUCUACACCGGCCUCGGCCUCGAAUUUAUCGCCCUCGGAAUCCACUUCUCCUCCAUUAUGAAGAACGUCCUGUCGAAUAAAUAUCUCUUGUGGUUUGGCAAAAACUCCUUCGCUGUAUACCUCAUCCACGGCACGCUGCUCCGUACAUUGCUCGUAUGGAUGUUUUUCGGGACCAGCCUUCCUCCAAACGUUACCCGCGAAGAUGGCAGUGUUGUAGGUGGCCCUCCUUUGACCAUCUGCGGGAGCGUACGGUUUUUUACACUGUUGCCGAUUUGGUUUGUUAUUCUUUAUACUACGGCGCAUUACUGGACGAAGUAUGUGGAUCCGUGGUGUGCACGAAUUACAGAGAGGGGCAUGCGGUAUAUUUAUGAGGACCAUCAGGAGUCGGGGUCUGUAGAAAGCAAGAGGCCAGCUUUACCGAAAUGA